UUCCCCGGACACCUUGGUCCCUUCCCUGGGCCGCCCCCGGACGCCUGGCUUCCAUCCCGGACGCCUGGGUCCCGUCUUUGUGUCACCCCCGGACGCCUGGGUCCCGUCUUUGUGUCACCCCCGGACGCCUGGGUCCCUUCUUUCUAACCCCCCGGACGCCUGGGUCCCUUCCCUGUGUCACCCCCGGACGCCUGGGUCCCUUCCCUGUGUCACCCCCGGACGCCUGGGUCCCUUCUUUGUGUCACCCCUGGAUGCCUGGAUCAUUCCCCGGACGCCUGGGUCCCUUCUCUGUGUCGCCCCCGACGCCUGGGUCCCUUCUUCCUAACCCCCCCGGACACCUGGGUCCUGUCUUUGUGUCACCCCCGGACGCCUGGGUCCUUCCCCGGACGCCUGGGUCCCUUCUCUGUGUCACCCCCGGACGCCUGGGUCCCUUCUUUCUAACCCCCCCGGACGCCUGGGUCCUUCCCCGGACGCCUGGGUCCCUUCUCUGUGUCACCCCCGGACGCCUGGGUCCUUUCCCGGAUGCCUGGGUCCCUUCUUUCUAACCCCCCGGACGCCUGGGUCCCUUCUUUGUGUCACCCAGGACGCCUGGGUCCCUUCUUUCUAACCCCCCGGACGCCUGGGUCCCUUCCCUGGGCCACCCCUGGACGCCUGGGUUCCUCCACCAGGACGCCUGGGUCCUUCCCCGGACGCCUGGGUCCCUUGUUUGUGUCCCACCCCCCGAACUCCUGGGUCCCCCCCGAACUCCUGGGUCCCUGGGGCACUCCUGGGUCCCCUGAUGUCCCCUCCCCCAGGUACCGGCGCUGUGACAAGAUCGAGGCGCGAAAACUGGAGCGGCUGGCGCAGAGAGGCCGCUGCCCCCCCCGCGUGACCCCCUGGGACUCGGAGGACUCGGGGGACUCGGGGGACAUGGGGGGGGACACCGGGGGGGACCCGGGGGGGGCGGAGCCUCCGAGGCGUUCGGGGCGGCGCCUCCUCAGGCCCCGCCCACGGGCCCCACCCACGGCCACGCCCACGGCCACGCCCACCGAGCCGGACAGUGCGGGGACGGCAACCGAUGAGCGCCCCCUGGAGGAUCCCGAGGAGCCGCCCCGCCCCCGCCGGCCGCUCCAACCGCUGCUGCAGCUGCGGGCCAGGAGGAGGAUGGGGGAUUGGGCCCCCCCCGGGUCCCCCAGAGCGGCUGGGGGGGGAGGGGCCGCCCCAGCGACGGCCACAACCGACUGCGGGUGGAUUUCAAGGAGGACCCGGCCCUGACAACGUGUGGCUCAUGGGGGGUCUGAGCGUCGUGGGCUCCGUCCCCCCCAGCGGCCCCGUGCUCUGCCUGCUGUGCGCCAGCAGGGGGCAGCACCAGCUGGUGCUGUGCCAGGUGUGCUGCCAGCCCUUCCACCGGUUCUGCCUGGGCGCCGAGGCGCCGGCCCCGGGGCAGACGCGCUGGAGCUGCCGGCGCUGCCAGAGCUGCCACGGCUGCGGGAGGAGGGGACGCGCCGGCAAGCGCCUCCUGGAGUGCAGCCGGUGCCACCGCUGUUUCCACCCGGGGUGUCUGGGCCCCGGGGCCCCCCCCCAGCACAGCCCCUCCCCCAACGCAAUGGGUGAGCACCGGGGCACCCGUGGGUGGGGGCGCCCAUUGGGUGGGGUCAAUAGUGG